AUGGCCAGCUCAACGCCAAAGGGCAUACGGAUCGCCAUCGACCGCGGUGGCACCUUUUGCGACUUCUGGGCCAGCAUCCCCGGCCGCAAAGACGAUGUCAUCUUCAAGCUGCUGUCCCAGAACCCCGGCGAAUAUGACGACGCCCCCAUCGAGGGCAUCCGCCUGAUCCUGGAGAUGGCCACCGGCGAGAAGAUCCCCCGUGGCACGCCGCUGGAUAUCACGCCUGUGGAGUCGAUUCGUAUGGGCACGACGGUGGCGACGAACGCCCUGCUCGAGCGAAAAGGAGAGCGCGUCGCCCUGCUCAUCACCAAGGGCUUCCGCGACCUGCUCAUCAUCGGCAACCAGGCCCGCCCCAGCAUCUUCGACCUCUCCGUCUCCAAGCUGGAUCGCCUGUACGAGAAAGUCGUCGAGGUCGACGAGCGCGUCACCAUCGAGGGCUUCGCGGAAGACCCCGAACCCCAGCCCAUCGACAUAUCCUCCGACCCGGACCUGGUCGAGGGCCUCACCGGCGAGGCCAUUCGCAUUCUCCAGCGACCCGAUCUCGAUAAGGUCCGCAGGGACCUCCAGGCCCUCUGGGACGAGGGCUAUCGCACCCUGGCCAUCGCCUUCAUGCACUCGUACGCCUACCCUGACCACGAGAAGGCCGUCGCGGCCAUCGCCCGUGAGAUCGGCUUCAAGGCCUCUGUCUCGUCCGAGCUGCAGUCCAUGAUCCGCAUCGUGCCGCGCGCUCAGUCCGCCACGGCCGAUGCCUACCUCUCGCCCGUCAUCACCCAGUAUCUGGAGGGCUUCCGCAACGGCUUCAAGGGCCGCCUCGAGGACCACAACGCCAAGAAGCUGCUGCUCUGCCAGUCCGACGGCGGUCUGACGUCUUUCUCGCGAUUCACCGGUCUGCGCGCCAUCCUCUCGGGCCCAGCAGCCGGCGUGAUCGGGUGCGCCAAAACCUGCUACGACGAGGAGGGGGGAACGCCCGUGCUGGGCUUCGACAUGGGCGGCACCAGCACCGACGUGUCCCGCUACAGCGGCGCCUUCGAGCACGUCUUCGAGACGACCGUCUCCCAGGUUGCCAUCCAGAGUCCGCAGCUAGACGUGCACACUGUCGCAGCCGGAGGCGGCUCGAUUCUCUUCUGGCGGAACGGCCUCUUCGUCACCGGCCCUGAAUCAGCAGGCGCCUACCCGGGACCAGCAUGCUACGGCAAAGGCGGUCCCUUGACCAUCACCGACGCCAACUUCUUCCUGGGCCGGAUCCUGCCCGACUACUUUGCCCGUCCGCUCGAUUUCGAGGUGGUCAAGAAGAAAUUCCUCGAGCUGACCGAGGUUGUGAACGCGGAGAAGAAGAGCUCCGAGAAGCUGACGCCGGAGGAGGUCGCCAUGGGGUUCUUGCUCGUGGCCAACGCGUCGAUGACGCGACCCAUCCGGGCCCUCAGCGAGGGACGAGGCUACGAGACGUCCGCCCACAAUCUCGUCUGUUUCGGAGGAGCGGGCGGCCAGCACGCGACGGCCAUCGCGCGCGACCUGGGCAUCAAACGGGUGCUGAUCCACAAAUUCUCCAGCAUUCUCUCGGCGUACGGCAUGGCUCUGGCCGACGUGGUCGUCGAGCUGCAGGAGCCCGAAUCGUCCACCUACAACGAGAGCUCUGCGGCCCGCAUCGAGAAGAGGGCUGAAGCCCUGCGCCAGCGCGCCACGAAGCAGCUCCAGGACGAGGGCUUCAGCCUCGACCAGAUCCGCCACGAGAUGUUCCUGAACAUGCGGUACCGGGGCAGCGACACGGCGCUGAUGAUCUCCGAGUCCGAAGCAGAAAACGGCGACUUCGCCAAGGGAUUCAUCGCUCGCCACCGGCGCGAGUUCGGCUUCACGCAGCCGCGCGAGAUCCUGGUCGACGACAUCCGGAUCCGAUCGGUCGGCAAGGCGAUGGAGGUUAAAGUCAAGAGCCCUUUCAAGCAGCUGAAGGAGAUCGAGCGGCGGAGAGACGCCAAACCGGCGCAUAUCCGCAAGGUCUACUUCGAGAAGGAAGGCUGGGUGGACGCGCGCAUCUUCCACCUCAAGGACGUGCCCAAGGGCAGCGUCAUCCUCGGCCCGGCCAUGAUCAUCGACGAGACGCAGACCAUCGUCGUCGACCCAGCCAGCGAGGCGACCGUGCUGGCGGACCACGUCGUCAUCGAGCUGCUCGACGCCGAGGUCAAGAAGGUGUCGGCCGACGAGGUCGACCCGAUCCAGCUGUCGGUGUUCAGCCACCGGUUCAUGAGCGUGGCCGAGCAGAUGGGCGAGACGCUGCGCAAGACGUCCAUCUCGACCAACAUCAAGGAGCGGCUGGACUACAGCUGCGCCAUCUUCUCGUCCGACGGGCGGCUGGUGGCCAACGCGCCGCACAUCCCGGCGCACCUGGGGUCGAUGAGCUAUGCGAUCGCGUACCAGGCGCAGAAGUACGGCAAGGGCGAGCUGAAACCGGGCGAUGUGCUCCUGUCGAACCAUCCAAUCGCCGGCGGUACUCAUCUGCCCGAUCUGACCGUCACGACGCCCGUCUUCGACGAGAACGAUCCCACCAAGAUCCUGUUUUUCGUCGCGAACCGCGGGCACCACGCGGACAUUGGCGGCAUCGCGGCAGGCAGCAUGCCGCCCAACUCGACGGAGCUGUGGCAGGAAGGCGCGGCGAUCGAGUCGUUCAAGCUGGUGAAAGAAGGCGUGUUCGACGAAGAAGGCGUCGUGCACCACCUGUACGAGGUGCCGGCCAGCUACCCAGGCUGCAGCGGCACGCGGACGCUGAACGACAACAUCUCGGACCUGAAGGCGGGCAUCGCGGCCAACAACCGCGGCAUCCACCUGAUCCAGGGCCUGGUGCGCGAGUACGGCUGGCCGGUGGUGGAGCUGUACAUGCAGGCAGUGCAGAAGAACGCGGAGGAGACGGUGCGCAACCUGCUGAAGGACUUCAGCCGGCGGUUCCAGGGCCAGCCGCUCGAGGCAGUCGACUACAUGGACGACGGGACGCCGCUGGCGCUGAAGAUCACCAUCGACCCGACGGACGGGUCAGCGACGUUCGACUUCACGGGCACGGGGCCCGAAGCGCUCAACAACCUGAACAGCCCGCCGGCCGUAAUGUACAGCGGCAUCAUGUACUGCCUGCGGUCGAUGAUCUCGACGGACAUACCGCUGAACCAGGGCUGCCUGAACCCGAUCCGGGUGAUCUGCCCGCCCAACUCGAUCCUGUCGCCGAGCCUGAAGGCAGCGACGGUGGGGUCCAACGUCGAGACGGCGCAGCGCAUCAUCGACGUGAUCCUCAAGGCGUUCCGCGUGGCGGGCGCCAGCCAGGGGACAUGCAACAACCUGACGUUUGGAUACGGCGGCAAAGACCCGCAGACGGGGAAAGUGACCAAGGGAUUCGGCUACUACGAGACGAUUGCCGGCGGCGCGGGGGCAGGCGCCAACUGGGAAGGGCAGUCAGGCGUGCACACGGGCAGCACAAACACACGCAUGACGGACCCAGAGACGCUGGAGAAGCGGUACCCCGUCCUGCUGCGCGAGUUCUCCAUCCGCCGGGGCAGCGGCGGCGCGGGGCGCAAUCGCGGCGGCGACGGCUGCAUCCGGGACAUCGAGCUACGGCGGCCGCUGCAGGUGAGCAUCCUGUCAGAGCGGCGGGUAAUCGCACCCUACGGGAUGGCCGGGGGUGAGGACGGGCAGAGGGGAGUCAACCUGUGGAUCCGGAAGGAUCCGGUCGAUGGCACCGAGCGGACGAUUUCGGUAGGAGGAAAAGCGUCGAUGGCGAUGCAGGCGGGCGAUCGUAUCGUCAUUAAGACGCCCGGUGGUGGAGGGUAUGGCGUGCCGCCGGACAAGAAGAAGGAGGUAGAAGUGCUGGGCGAGUUUACGGUGAAGAAGCAGCAAUCUUAUGCGGUGCAUAGCAUAACCAUGAGGCUGACUUCUAGAAACGUUGAUUUGUAA